GGCCGCUUCCGCUUCCUGCUCUGCUGAACACGGCGUGGGAAAGAUGCCCUUGCCAGCGAGCGUUGCUUCUGCGUGAGCGCCGCUGCGCUUCCAUUGGUGCGGGGAGAAAUUGAUCGCGCCGCUGGAGUUUGGAGGGGAAGCGGGUGGCGUGCACCUCCCGGUGGGUUGGAGACACGUGAAGCUGCUGGCUAGCCAGGGGAAGGAUAUGACAAUAUUUGGCAGACAAGUUGACACUUCUUAAACCCUGUUGAUUGAGUUCCAAAGUGUAAGAGCACCAAAAUGUCUGUUCUGCGGGGGAAAGGAUCAGCCCGUAAAUCCAAACAAAUUGUGAAAACAUCUUUGAACAACCCAUAUAUUCCACAAUGGUGUACACUGCCAGGAGAGGAUAUGCAUUUUGUCUUGCAGGCCUUGGAAGAAGUCAUUAAGCAGAUUGGGCUUAAAAAAAUAGAAGAUCGAAAGAGAAUGAAACCCACUUCCAGCAAAAGACGUAAGAAGGAAGGAUGUUGCAAUCUUCCAAGCAAAGUUAAUGAGGACAAAAGGGCUGAUGACCCAAAAGCACAUGGGUGGUCCGAUGUGCAGAUCAGGAACCAGCUUGCUAUUGGGAUCAAUGAAGUAACUAGAGCUUUAGAAAAAAAUGAAUUGUGUCUUAUAUUGGUAUGCAAAUCUGCCAAGCCUGCCUUGCUAACAUCUCAUCUGAUUCCACUCAGUGCAAGUCGAGCUAUCCCAGCUGGGCAAGUUCCACGUCUCAGUGAAACAUUAGCCCCAAUGCUUGGAUUAACAUCUGUGCUGGCUUUGGGGUUUAAAAGAACUGCUGAUGUGUUUGCAAAGGUACUUGAAGUAAUUAUUCCACGAAUUCCUAGUUUAGAUCUGCCAUGGAUGCAGCAUGGAACUGAACCACUUUUAAUAAAUGAUACUGAUGUUAUAAUUGCUUCAGCUACCGAAUUCACUGAGUCUACUCCAGUAGGCAGCUCUCAGUGUCACAAGUGGAAACUAGCAGAUAACAGCCUACUAUCUUCUCCUACUGUAGCUCUUCAGACCCUUAAAGUUAAAAAUGUUGUUCCCAAUCCCAAAAAAUGCCGCAAGCUUCCCAAAACUAAAAAACGUAUUUCAAAGUAAUGUUGAUUUCUAGUUAGCAUUUCCAGUUGCCUAAACUAUGAUGUAGAAUAAUGUCAUACCAUUGAAAACAUUUUUUCCAAAUUAGUUUUGAAUUGGAACUGAAACUGGGCAUCUGAGGUUUUUUUUAAAAAAAAGAUAUAUCCAUCUAGAAGGGGCUGCUUAGUAUAUUUAAUGCCUAAAAAAUAAUUUUCUUUUUUUUCCAUUCUGUUAUUUCUUCCCCUUAUUUUUUUCUUCAUUUUUUAUUUUAUACUUUUCUUCUGUCUUUUAACUAAUUUCCAGCCAGUGAAUUUCUUCUGCUGCUAGAAGAAACAAGGGGAAUGUGUUCAUGUAUGCCAACAGAAAUAUUAGUUCAUUGUAUGAAUAGCCUGUUGUUCCAAGUGAUAUUUAUUAGGAAUUAUGAAUUCAAUAAAUAUAAUUUACUUA